AAUAAAGAAAAAUGACCAAAUAGAUAGGCUGCUGCAAUUGUAUGAUCCAUUAAAAAAACACCUCUUUUUUUUCAUUUUCUUUCAAAUCUUAUUUAGACGCUUCUCUUUCCAUGUCCUCAUCUCUGUCUUUCUUGGUAUAUAUACGCAAUGGUUUUGCUUUAGAAGAGAGAAGAGAUUGAAAUGGAAACAAAAAUGCAAAGAAAUGCUCUGGUUUUGUCCCUGCAAGUUUGUUUCUUGAUCAUCUUCUUAACCCAUGUCAGUGGAGAGAAUUCUCGAUUUGAUGAUCAUUUCCAUGAUCAAAAGCGAAAAAUGCAAGCCUUUAAGUCAUCUUUAAUCCGUCGUGAAUUGGCUUCUUCUCCCUCUCCUUCUCCUAGCUAUUAUUCUUCUCCAGCUCCAUCACCACAGACUGUGACUGUGGAUAGUACACGAGUGUUUGAAGCGACAUCGUUUGGUGCAGAUCCAAGUGGGAAAUUGGACAGCGCAGAAGCACUUGAAAAAGCAAUAGCAGCAGCAUUUCAGGGUCCAAAAGAAUGGUUCUUGAUGGAUGGAAUCACUAAUCUUGGAGGUGCACAAAUUCGUCUUCAGGGUGGGAUUUACAAGAUUUCUCAACCUCUGAAAUUGCCUGCUGGUGGAGCAGGGAACCUUAUGAUUACAGGAGGGACAUUACUAGCCUCAGAUGAUUUUCCAACAGAUGGGUAUCUCAUUGAUUUAUCAUCAUCUUCCUCCUCCUCCUCCUAUAACUACGAGUACAUAACUCUCAAGGACCUGAUGCUGGAUUGCAAUUACAGGGGUGGAGGCAUUUCAGUUAUAAACUCACUUAGGACUAGCAUAGACAACUGUUACAUUGCACAUUUCAACACUAAUGGAAUUUUAGUCCAAAAAGGCCAUGAAACCUACAUCAGAAACUCAUUUCUUGGCCAGCACAUUACUGCCGGUGCCAAUCCAGGCGAAAGGAACUUCUCAGGCACUGCAAUAAACCUAAUGGGAAACGACAACGCCGUGACGGAUGUUGUUAUCUUCUCAGCUGCCAUUGGAAUAAUGGUUUCUGGUCAGGGUAAUACAAUUUCAGGAGUACAUUGUUAUAAUAAGGCUACAGGCUUUGGCGGCACUGGAAUUUACCUUAAGCUGCCUAAUCUAACUCAGACCAGGAUUUUGAAUUGUUAUUUGGACUACACUGGAAUUGUUGCUGAAGAUCCUAAUCAACUUACCAUCACUAACAGUUUUUUCCUUGGUGAUGCAUAUAUAGUCCUGAAAUCGAUCAACGGGGUUGCUAAAGGGAUCACCAUCGUUGAUAACAUUUUUUCUGGGUCUAAUAAGGGGAUUGACAUUGUUCAAUUGGAGCAAUCAAGUGGUCCUUUCAAGGAAAUUGAUCAAGUUGUGGUGGAUAGGAAUAAUGUUCAGGGGAUGAACAUGAGGGCAACCAUUGCUAAGGAAUCUGUUCAAGGGAAUGGGACAUCAUGGAUUGUUGAUUUUAGUCCAAUUCUAUUAUUUCCUGACCUUAUCAAUCAUGUUCAAUACUCAUUGAGUGUAAAUGGUACCUUAUUUCCUAAUUAUGCUCUUCGCAGUGUUUCCGAAAAUCGGGUUGUGAUAGAAUCAGAUGUUGCAGUGGCUGCUAAGGUUUUCGUCUCGGUGAAUCAAGCAGUAACAAUUUGAUGCUCUGCUUUGAUUUUUACAUCUUAAAGUUUGGAAGCAGCAAUAUUGUGAAGGUUAAUGUCAUCUGAAACAGAACGCUAAUUACACGUAGCAAUAAAACAUUGAGACAUAUAUUCAGGUUAAUUAUAUCAGCUCCAAGAAAAUUCGGAAGAACCAUCAAUAUUCAAGGGCUAAUUUGAUGUCCUGCCUGAGGAGGGGCAAAAAUUGGGGAAAAACAAGGCUUCGAUUUCCUUUGGUUAUGAUUGUAUCAUCAUGGGUUCUUUUUAUUUAGCAUGAAUUGUGUAUAUAUCGAAUUAUAUUCAUUUGAUUCCAAACACAAUCACUAAAAUCUAAUUUUAGUGAAUAAACAAUGAUACCUUUUUCUUUUU